AUGAAAAUCAACUCCAUUCUUUGCAAGGCUACUUUGUGUUCCUUGUUUAGCUCCUUUCCUACCGCUGCUGGCUUUGCCUGCUGCAGAGAUGAUAUUACUACCAAGGAAUUCCAUGACGCCCUCCUGCACAAAUACACCGCCAUGUGGGCGGGCAAUCUGUCACUUAUUGACGAUAUUUUUCAUCCCAACGUGGAGCUCCACGUCGACCGUUUUCCCUCGAGAACUGGCAAAGGCAGCACAGCGACCCAUGUGACAAACAGAACAGGGUUGAAGGACUUCAUCACAAGAUCGCGAGCCGGUUGGGACGAGUAUUAUUUUCAACCUAUUCGAACCGUGGCAGCUGAGCACACAAUUGCUGCUCGAUGGAUUAUGCAUGGGAUUCUUGGAGCAGAUUUCAAGACCUUUCCGACACCAUUGAAGGCAGGGGACCCUGUCACCUACAACGGGACGGAUUUCUUAGUACAAGACGACUGUACAGGGCAUAUUCGAGAAGUGUACAUCGCUUCGGACUCCAUUUCGUACUUCCAUACGAUGAACUUGACAGAGAUCACUGUUUAA